UGGAGGGACGGACUGAACCAUCUCCGCCUCCAGGGGGGGUGGGCUGAACGCAGUCGCUCGGGAGGAGGAGGGAGCCACCGCCGCCGGCCGGGCGUGAACCUCAAUCCAAGGAGAGACACAAACUUCUCGGGCCGGAGCAUCACGGGGGCUCCAUGGGAAAGAGAUAAGAAGGCGGGCGGACAUUGACCCCGUACAAGCGCUCCCUAACCCCCCUCUAAUUGAGGGGGGGUCCCCGGAGACUAGGACAGCCACCCAUACAACAACAAGAUGGGCGGUACGAAGAGCAAGCCUCGAGAAGGUGGGCCGCGGAGCCGCAGUCUGGACAUUGCCGAGGGGUCGCAUACACCUUUUCCUUCUCUCUCCGCUUCUCAGACUCCCAGCAAGAGCCUUGACUCCCAUCGUCCUGCUAACCAACCUUUCGGGGGCAACUGUGAUCUUACGCCAUUCGGAGGGGUCAACUUUUCAGAUACCAUCACGUCACCGCAGAGGACUGGACCGCUAUCAGGGGGCGUCACCACCUUCGUAGCCCUUUAUGACUAUGAGUCUCGUACGGAAACGGACUUGUCGUUCAAAAAAGGGGACAGAUUGCAGAUCGUCAACAACACGAGGCCGGACAUCAGGGAAGGCGAUUGGUGGCUGGCGCGCUCACUCAGCUCUGGACAGACAGGAUAUAUUCCCAGCAACUAUGUGGCUCCUUCUGACUCCAUCCAAGCGGAAGAGUGGUACUUGGGCAAGAUCACACGCAGAGAGUCGGAACGUCUGCUGCUGAACCAGGAGAACCCGCGAGGAACCUUUCUUGUGCGGGAGAGCGAAACCACCAAAGGUGCCUAUUGCCUCUCGGUCUCCGAUUACGAUCCCAACCGCGGUCUGAACGUGAAACAUUACAAGAUCCGGAAACUGGACAGCGGUGGUUUUUACAUUACGUCUCGGACUCAGUUCAGCAACCUCCAGCAGCUGGUGGCCUAUUACAGCAAACACGCAGAUGGUUUGUGCCACCGGCUGACCAAUGUUUGCCCUACGUCCAAGCCCCAGACUCAGGGUUUAGCUAAGGACGCAUGGGAAAUUCCAAGGGAUUCUUUACGUCUGGAGCUCAAACUGGGGCAGGGUUGUUUCGGAGAAGUUUGGAUGGGUGCCAAGUUUCCCAUUAAAUGGACGGCCCCAGAGGCUGCAUUAUAUGGUCGAUUCACCAUUAAAUCUGACGUCUGGUCCUUUGGAAUCCUCUUGACCGAACUCACCACAAAAGGAAGGGUCCCGUACCCUGGGAUGGUGAACCGGGAGGUACUAGAUCAAGUAGAACGAGGCUAUCGAAUGCCAUGCCCCCCAGACUGCCCAGAGUCCCUCCAUGAUUUGAUGUUGCAGUGCUGGAGGAAAGACCCAGAGGAGCGUCCAACAUUUGAAUACUUGCAGGCCUUCCUGGAAGACUAUUUCACUGCCACUGAGCCCCAGUACCAACCCGGGGACAACCUUUAGGAGAGACUGAGAAUGACUACAGGAAGAGCCUUAUUAAGUUAUGGCAGACCGACCUCUCCAAGACGCAGAUGCAGUAUUAUCCACUACCUUGUGGAGGAUCUAAAGACACUAAAGGGGAUGGUACAGAACCAUUUUAUUUUACUGGGUCAGAACGACGGCUCUCUGCUCUGUCAGUGUUCCACAUCCAUCUUGCUGCGGAGGUUCUUAAGUUUCCCAUUGCAUUCUGGUCAUGUAUUGAGAAUUCGGCUGCUUCUGACGCGUCACCCACUGAAACAUGUUUAUAUUUUUCCCCCAAAGAAAAUUGCAUCUCGUCGUUCCAUACAAGACAGAGACUUGAGCAGAUCUUGGGUGAACCAUAAUGUUCUUACACUGCUUGGACAUUCAGACAUUGUAUAUAAUUCGGGAGGGAACACCACUCCCCUCUCGUCUACUCUUCUGAAACCUUGAAAUUGUAAGAUUUUUGAUCUCGAUUACUACAGAUUCCAUGUUUUUGUAUACUCAGUCGUGGGAGGGGUUUAUGGGGGGGGUCUUCCAAAAUACUAAAAGACUCCUGUCGAGGACCAAAGUCCCACUUCUGUCUUCCACCCCCCCCCCACCUAUUUUCUCAAGACGUGGAGAAGGAACUGUUGUGCAUUUUUUUUGAUAAUAAAGUGACUACACAACCCUGUGAUUACUGUAUCCAGAUACCCCUCAAUAGGGUCUGACUUGUAACAUCCCCCGACUACUUUACUCCCUUACAAUUAAACCCUAUUUCAAUCACAGCAGCCAUUUUUAUUCUUCACCCAAGCCGGUGGUCUCCAACCUAAGGCGCUCAAGGACUGCGAUGAAGAACAAAAGCCUGAAACCCGUCGGUCUGUAAUGGACUUUUAAUAUUUGUUACAAUAAAUGUGUUUGCAUUAGGACCUUGCCAUGGUGCUGGACUUUUCUAAUCAAGAUCUGGCUCUCCAGGCAUGCUGAGAGUUGUAGUUAUGCUACAUGGUUGGAGACAACUGCCCUAUGCAUUUCUGUUUUCGUUUUGUAGUAAGAAAUAAGGAAAAUUUUCUUAAAUAACCAUCUUUAUGGAACCGUAUCAUGUGUAGGUCAGAGUUACUGAUUAUUUCUUUCCAGUGUAUACCUGUUCCUUUACCCCCCAGUUACGCCUGGUGCCCGGCAGGUCGCCCUGUGUCAUACACAGCCUCCUCAGGGGCAUACAUUUUUUUCUCGGUAAAACAGAUAUCUUUUUAUUUAAUAUAUAUCUUUUUUUUUUUUUUUUUUUUUUUACACUGAAAUAGUCCGACUCGAUGAAUUUGAGCAAAUAAAUUUCUAGUCCUCACGCUAUGAAAAAAUUUCGAACAGGACGAAUGGUACGCACGCAUUUCGUUGUGGUUGUUAUGGGAGCCUCGAGACUUGGCCUGUGUUAUAGAUCUAUAUCACUGGCAAAACUGGACUCUUGCCAGGAUGGUAUGGGUUAGUCCUCCAACUUCUCAGGGAUGGGAAAGGUGUGGGAUUUUUAUUGCCAAUCAUGGAGGGUGAUGGGGUGAACACGACGCCAUUACACGUUACCUUGCUCUGGCUUUUGCAUAAUUUCUGGCUCGGGCCAGAGGACGGUACGUGGUUCCCUCCUUUUAAAGGGGUACUCCGCUGCUCAGCGUUUGGAACAAACUGUUCCGAAGGCUGGAGCCGGCGCCAGGAGCUUGUGACGUCAUAGCCCUGCCCCCUCAUUAUGUCACACUCCACCCCUCAAUGCAAGUCUAUGAGAGGGGGCGUGACAUCGUCACGCCCCCUCCCAUAGACUUGCAUUGAGGGGGCGAGGAGUGACGUCAUGAGGGGGCGGGGCGAUGGCGUCACAAGCUCCCGACUCCAGCGUUCGGAACAGCUUGUUCCAAACGCUGAGCAGCGGAGUACCCCUUUAAGGUGCCAAUCUAGUAAAUCUGUCUGCAUUAUUGAUAACUGUGUAUAUAUACGUGUUUUUUUUUAAUGGUUAUAUACCACUUGAGUGCAAGGGGUGAGCUUUGUAUUGUGAAUAAAGUACUAGCCCGGAUACACUGUAUGUAGAGUUGUGUUACAGGUCUGUAUGUAGUAUUGGAGUGACUCCUCCUUCUUUUUUUUUGUGCGUCAUUUGAUGAGAUGAA